UUCCAGCACGAAAAUAUGAGAGCCCUGAAUUCAGUCCUGGUCGGUGCCUUCCUGACCCUGCUCCUCUGCCUCCCCAGCCCUGGUCUUGGAGAAUCCUACUUUGGGGACAGCUUCUGCAGUUUACAAGCCGUUCAAGAUGUCUCCACCUUCCACCUGUCACUACAGAUCAAGACUAGUCGGCGAAGUGGGCUGCUGUUACUGGCUGCAGGAACAGAGGACUACUUGUUCCUUGAGCUCCAAAAUGGGAAAGUACAGGCACGGAUGAACUUGGGGGCUGGCGAGGUGACACUGUCCUCAUCCCAAGGAGUACAACUGAACAACCUUUUGGAGCAUAAAAUCUUACUCACACUGCAUGAUGGCAAACUCACCAUGACAAUUGAUGAGCUCUUCCCGACAUAUGUUCCCUUGAAUGAUGACGGGGAACCGCUCAAUAUUGACUUGGGCAUUUGGCUUGGAGGAACAGGAGACCUGGAUGCUCCCUACCUCAGCAAUGCUAUUCCCCCUUUCCGUGGCUGCAUGACUCAGGUCAAAUUUGAAUCCCAUCAGUUUGAUAUUCUCAGCAAAGCAUUUAAAGAAUGCCAUGACACAAAGGAAUCCUGCAGCAGUGAGUUUGAGGCUGGUGAUGGGGAGGCAACUAGUUUCAGCACUCCUGAUUCCUUUGUGUCAUUCCCCACCUGGAGCGGGGCUAGUGGUGCUCCUAGGGUCUUAGAGGUCCUAAUGAAAACCACCAUUGAGGAUGCGUUACUUGUUUUCCACCCUGGCCGAGAGUCAGACUUUAUUGCUAUUGGUGUUGUGAAAGGCUAUCUCAAAGGUGUGCUGGACCUUGGCAGUGGCAUGGAGGUACUGGAGAAUAAUGAGGUAAAGCUGGAUGAUGAUCAGUGGCAUAGAGUCAAGGUACAGGUCAGUGAGGAUUCCUUUGUCAUUAAUGUAGAUAGUCAGUUUUCCUCCCUCACUUUUAAUUCAUCAGAAAAAUUGGACUUGGUUGGAAACUUAUAUCUGGGAGGCAUCCAGAAGAAAAUGAAGGAUGUCUUUCGUGAGAGCGGGUCCUUAAAUCGCGCAGAAGAGGAGGAAUUAAUAAUCGAAUCCUUCAUUGGUUGCUUGUCGGAAAUCAAAAUAAAUCAGAAGGAUAGAAGCCUGCAGGAUGCUUUGGUGACCAAAGACGUUCAUGUUAAAUGUGAAGGAGAGGACUAUGACUACUCAACUUACUAUGACACAGACACAACCACAACUUCCCCACCUGUUCGCAAUCCAUAUGGUGAUAUGGACAUCAACGAACAGCACUGCUACCCAACAGAUGACACACCAGAGAUAUUCAAAAAUGUAACAAAACUUCUUGAUGUCACCCCAUUGCUUGUGCCUGAAGGUGGAGAAGUUCUUCUUGAUAUCAACAACCUUAGCCCUACAUUUGACCUCAGUGCUGCAGGAAUGCGUCAGUCUGAGAUAAUUUUUACUCUCCAGAAUGAUCCCUGGUAUGGCUUGGUUGACAUGAACAUUAACACAAGACGGACACAAAAGUUCACUCUUCUUGAUGUUGUCAAUGAGAAAAUUAAGUAUAUGCAUGAUGGAAAUGAAAGGCAUGCAGAUCAAAUAGAGCUACAUGUGGUUGUUCACACUGAGGGCUACCUUCCAGAAUGUUUAAAAUCUCCUCAAAAGUAUGUCCUCCCAGUUGAAAUUCUUCCCGUCAAUGAUAUACCACAACUUGGUGGAGGAGAAAUCACCAUCACAGAAAACGGCAGGACUCGUUUGAGUCCCAGCCUUAUCAAAAUCAUGGAUUCUGACAACCGCUGUGAUGAAUUAGUAGUAACUGUAACCUCAGAGCCUUCAACAGAAGUUGGUUACUUAGAAAACAGCCAACAGCCAGGAAUAAGCAUCUCAGAGUUCACUUGCAGGGAGUUGAAAGAUGGAAAUAUCUAUUUUGUACACAGAGCGGGUAAUGCUGCUGGAAUUACACUGGAGGUAUCUGAUGGACAGUCAGUAAGUCACUCAGCUACUUUUAAGUUAUCUGUGGCACAGCCACAUAUGACUAUUGUCACCAAUACUGGCCUUUUCUUGUUCCAAGGAAGCAACGCAUCUAUAGGUGUUCAAAAUCUGGCUGUCCUCGCUCAUCCUCGUUAUGGAGAUAUUAUUUAUAACAUUACACAACCUCUGCUGUUUGGAGAACUACAGGUGAUGACAAGUGAUGGAAUGUACAAACAGGUUACAACUUUUCAUCAAUCCGAUCUGGAACAAAACCACCUUAGGUAUGUCAGCACAGACUCAAGUGACCAGGAAGAUAUUUUGGUCGAGCAGAUUCAGUUUGAUGUCCACCUAGGGCACUUCUCCCUCAGUAACAACACCUUCUUAGUCAAGAUCAUUCCAGCACAAGUGAAAGUUUCUAAUCUGGUUCCACUGGAGAUGCAGGCCGGUGAGGAGCAAACAAUCAAACUUACAGAACUUAAAGCUGAAAUAAAAGGGAAAAACCCAGAUCCACAAACUGUAAAAUACAUUCUCAUUAAGCCUCCAACGCUCGGUAGUCUCCAGCUAUUAGACAGAGAGUUGGCUGAAGGUGACGUCUUCACACAGAAGGACAUUUUGGACAGCAUUGUUAGCUACAGGGUGCGUGUGCAAAGAGCUGUGAAUAGUAUUGAUCAGUUUCAGUUCAGAGUCCUUGCUGAUGAUCAGUACUCCCCUCUAUACACCUUCCCUAUAAACAUCCUUGCAAAUGCAGAUGCUCCCGUGCUGACCAAUGAAAGGCUGGUUGUCUUACAGGGUGGUGAGCUCACUCUGAACAAAAACUAUCUUUGGAUACAGUCUCCAGGUAUUACAGAUUUUAUGUUCCAGGUCACACAAGAACCAAAGUACGGACGACUAAUAAGGGAUUCCCCACCCGGGCUGCCUAGAUUUGAGGGGGCAAUAAGAGUAUUCAGCAGUGAAGACCUCCAGCUUGGCAGGCUUAUUUACAAGCAUGAUGGCUCCAAGACAAGCAAUGAUGAGUUCCAUUUUUCAGCAUUUAAUCAAGGAGCGAAAAUUCUAGACAGUCAGGCAACAGUGAGUGGUGUUUUCAGAAUUUCAAUCCAAUCCAAGAACGAGCAUGCUCCUGUGAGGGUUGUGGAUAGAGUCUUCAAUGUAGUUCGCCACGGUCAGCGUCUGUUAACAACUGAUGUCAUCCAGUUUAAGGAUGAUGACUCUGAUUUCAAUGACACCCAAAUCGUCUACGCUCGUGAGGGAAUCCUUUCAGGCAAUAUCAUCUCAACAUCUAAUCCCUCACAGGCCCUUUUCCGUUUCACACAAGCCGACCUACGAGAUAAGAACGUCCUCUUCAUCCACCAUGGAGCAGACCGGGAACGCUUCUCACUACAGGUUUCAGAUGGCUUCCACAAGACCACGGCACUGCUUCAGAUCCAGGCAGGUGAGCCGUACCUGCGAAUAGUAAACAACACAAUCAUUGUCAUCGACCAUGGAAGCACCAAAACACUUAACACCACCCUGUUGAGCGCUGACUCUAACAUGGACAUCAGAGACGACAGUGAGAUCAUAUUCCAGGUCACAUCACCACCCAGCGAUGGCAGGAUUAUUGUGAGUGGGAUUGAAGCUUCAGUGUUCACCCAAGAGGACCUGAAAAAAGGUGUUGUGUCAUAUGAGCACAAUUAUGAGAGUCUGAGGUCCAAAGACUCCUUUAGCUUCACCGUCCAAGCAAGAGGACAUUCUGAAGAGGGCACAUUUAGGAUUAAAAUAUUCAAGCAAGGUUACCUCUCAGAGCCUGAGGUGAAAACCAACGAGGUCAUCAUUUCCUAUGAGGGGGAGCACACCAUAAUCAACGAGGAUAAUCUCAAGGUGGAUCAAGCUGAUAUUUUGCCUACAGAGAUGGUGUUCACCAUUAAAGAGCCUCCUCGUCUCGGUCAUGUGGUCAAGCUGACAAACAGCUCAGACAGCACUGCUUCACCUGUCCCCGACUACAUUCAUUCCUUCACUCAAGAGGACAUUGAUCAGGGGCACAUUCUCUAUGUGUCUGCAUCCAUCCAGGGAAACGACGCAUUCACAGUAGAUGUCAGUAAUGGUUUUACCACAGUGGAGGACCUGCACAUCUCCGUGAAAAUUGUGCCACGGCUCAUCCCCAUCCAGACCUUCAACUUUACAGUGAAGGAAGGCCUCAGCAGAGCAAUUAACACAGAGAUUGUUAACAUCUCACAUCCUUUCUACAGAUCAGCAAACAUUGACUUCGUUGUAGAAGAGCCACCACAGCAUGGGGAAAUCCGCACCCAGGAUGGAGACGAACUUACUUACUUUACAUGGGAAGAGAUGGAACUUGGACACAUCUACUACAUGCAUGACAGCACCGAGAGCACAGAGGACAGUUUUACACUCUCUGCCACAGCUUAUGAGAUUGAGCGCCGGAGCCUCCCUGUCACCAUCUCAGUGACUGUCAUACCAGUCAACGAUGAGCCGCCAAAACUGACACGUAACACAGGACUGGAGGUUCUUGCUGGAGAGGAAGCUGACAUCACCACCAGCAUGCUGAACACUGACGAUGCUGAUACCACUGCAGAGGAACUGGUUUACCACGUUGAGGUGCCAACCAAUGGGAUGGUGGCGUUGAAAGAAGCGCCUGAGUACAGCAUACUAAAUUUCACACAGGCUCAUAUAAACAAAGGGGAGGUCAUCUUCAUUCACGAGGGGGAGGAUUCUGGUGGUUUCAGUUUCACAGUGACAGACGGAGAGCACACGUCUCCUCUCUACCGAUUUGUUGUCACGGCCAGGCCUCUCACCAUCACCAUGGUAACGCAGGAGGAGCUCAUGGUAUUUCCAGGAACAAGGCAGCCCAUCACGGGUGCCAAUCUGGGGGCUGUAACCAGUGAGGAUGGAAAUGAGAUAAGCUACUCACUUAUCCGCCCACCCCGUUUGGGAAGACUUAUCCUGGCCAAUGGCAGAAGCCAGUAUGAGGAAAUUACCCGCUUCUCACAAUCACAGCUGGAGUCAGGAGCAGUCUACUAUGAGCACCAGAUACCUGAGGAACCAUUUUGGGUAGCAAGGGACUCCAUAGAGCUUACUCUGUCAUCCCAGCCAGCCCCAGAGGUCCGUCACAUCCUGCCCAUCACCAUCUCUUACUAUGCUGCUCACAGCAACACCUCCUCACAGCUGUGGAAGAACAAAGGUCUGGAAAUUGUGCAAGGACAGAGGAAAGCCAUUGACGAAUCAAUUCUUGACGCCUCCAACCUUCUGGCUAGCCUACAUGAAGAUGAGCAUGAUGAUGUGGAUGUGGUUUUUGAGAUUAGGCGUUUCCCUGACCACGGACGUAUCACCCUGGAUGGUCAGGACCUUCCCCGUAAUGCCCCAUCCUUCAUGCAGGAAGAUAUAAAUCAAGGAAACCUGGAGUAUCUCCAUGAUGACUCAGGGGCCUCUUUUGACAGUUUCUCUUUCAGGGCCCGUCUAAAGUCUGAGAGCCGUGGUGUGGCCUCACCUGCCGAAUUUGUGGUCCUAGAGGAGAUCUUUAACAUCUCAAUCAAACGGCGGGGCUCUGACCCUCCCGAACUAGUCACUAUAGACAUGCUCUUGGAGGUUCUUCAAGGCUCCAUGACUAUCAUAACCCAGUUGCAUCUUAACACUCAAGACGAGGACAGUCCACCAGACGAAGUGCACUUUAAAGUGACCAAAGCCCCUAGCAACGGUCGACUAGUUGACUCCCUCACAAUGGACCCCAUCUCUGAGUUCACACAAGAGAUGGUCAACCGUGGGCAGGUGGGCUUCUUCAGCGAUGGCAGCCUUGCCAAUGGCUUUGUGGAAUUCAUUGUGUCAGAUGGAGAGCACCAAACAAAGCCACACACGCUCCACAUUGGCAUCCUAGCUCGCACCCUGGUUCUUGACAAAGCCCCUGAGAUUAAGGUGAAACAAGGCGAUGAUGAGACCCUGGUGACGGAGGAGAUGUUGAGGGCCACUACUGGGGGCCCUGUUGAGGAGGACAUCCUUUACAAGAUCACAAGUGUUCCUAAGUAUGCAGCUGUCAUGGUAGAUCGGCAGCCUACAUCCGCCUUCACCCAGACACAGAUCAAAGAAGGCAGAGUCAGUGUCCGCUUUAUCAAGUCCACUUCACCUCGAGACAGUGUUGCAUUUGUAGCCCGCAGCGGGGCUGCUAAUGUCUCCUCUGUCCUCAACAUCACAGUCCAGCCUCUGGCCAACAUUGCCCGGGAUCCUCUCUUACCCCAAGGUGCUCUUGUCCAACUGGACAGGAAGCUUCUGGAUGCAACUCCCCUGGCAAACAAGACCAGAACCUCCCCCACGUUCACUGUCAUCCAACAGCCAAGAGAGGCUCGUUUUGUGAGGUCUGGAGGUCCUGAGGCAGGCCAGCCAGUGGACACAUUCAGCCAGAAGGACCUGGAUGAGGGCCGUAUAGCUAUGGAAAUUGCAAAUAGCUCUUCCAGAUCACAAGGUAGUGUCACUCAGGACGAGGCUCGCUUCUUGCUCAAAGCCUAUGGGGUUCCCCCUGCAGAAUGUGUGCUAUCGUUCAAGACAGGCCCCUACAAUGCCUCUGGGGUUUACCCAGCCACGUUGUUGAGGAUUCCCUCAGAAGCCUCAUCAAAGGACAGUAAUGAUCUUCCCAGUGUGGCUGGUUCCCCUCGUUCCACUCCAGCUAGUCCCCACUGGAGGGGCGACAUGGACUGGCCCCACAGAGAUGCCCCCACUACAACAUCUUCUGGCUCUAGGUCCCACGAGAAACCCCAUGUUUCCCGGCGCAGCAACUUCUGGUCUAUUCUCAUCCCGAUCCUGGUAAUCCUCCUCCUCUUGCUGCUUGCAGCCAUCUUGGCAUACUACCUGAUCCGUAAAAACAAGACCGGCAAGCACAACGUCCAGACAGCAGCAUCCAAGCCCAAAAAUGGAGAGGUGGCCGGCACAGAAACCUUUCGCAAAACUGACCCAGCCAAUAACAUACCUAUGUCCAACAUGGAUUCCAAAGAUGCAGACCCAGAGUUGUUGCAGCACUGUCGGACAACAAAUCCGGCUUUGAAAAAGAACCAGUACUGGGUCUGAGACACUUUGAGACAGGACACAGACAGAGGUGGAUCCUCAACCGUUUGGAAGCCUCCUAAAAUCAUUCCUCUCAGUAUUAGAGACCUCUUGCCACACCAGUUUAAAUGAAAACAUAUUUUCACACCAUUGGUUAUUUACUUAUCUUAACAUAACUAUGGGCAAAUUCUCAGGCAAUGAAACACUGAAUACUUAUUAGCAAAGAAAGAGGCAGUAUCUAAGGAGGCUCAUGCCAGGUCUAUUUAUUUUAGUUUUAUCAUUCCUUUUUGUCAAAGGGCACAAAUGAAGACAUAAACAUGCCAUGUGUUUGCAAAAAGUAUUUUGGGUGUGCUCUGUCAUUGUAUUCCAUAUGAUAUCAUAGGCCAAUAUUAUUCAUUUGAGUGGAUAGGUAAUUUAAAGUCUUUGUGAUAGUUGAUUUUAGUUUUUGGUUAAUUUGCAAAGUUGACACACCUUGUACAUGGAUGAUGAGGUAAAUAUAUGCUGUAUUAUCGAGAAGAUGAAAAACUGCCUAUGUGUCUUCUCUUUAUUUGUCUCUUUUUUUUCAAGGUAAUUUUUUGGCAUUUCUGCUUUAUUUGACAGUGUUAGUAGAGAGAGAUAGGAAAGGCAGGGUGGAGAGAGGGGAUUACAUGCAGCAAUGCAUUUGAACCUAGGGUGAUUGCGGUAAGGACUCAGUAGAGUAGGCUUCAUGGUACGCUGGUGAACCACCAGGCACACCUUCUCUUUAUUUUUCAUUGUUUUUUAAGGCACUGUUGUAUAAUGUUUCUGAGGGCUAAAUUCAGUUUAAAGUAGUAGUACAGCAUUUUGGAAAACAUGCUAUUUCCCCUUUUUUAGUUAGACGGGAAGAAUGAUACCACUUUAAAUAUAAAGGUACGGCCAGGAAACGUUUAGCUCAGCGAAGCUUAGCUAAACGUCAUGACUAGGGGGAAACUUAUAUGCUGGCUCUGCCCAAAGGUAAAAAAUGUCUCCACCUCAAAAGCUCACUAGUUAACAUAUUCUAUAUCUUUUGUAUAAUCCACACACUUUGUAUAAUUAACUGUGUAAAAACAAAA